AACUUUUCCUGCAAGAACCCAACACAUCUAUCUCUUUCUCUCUUUCCAUGCAUGCCUUCUCCUUUCCCCUUUUUGGAUUAUUAAAGCUUUUGACAGCAUUGAUUGCUUUCUGGGUUUGAAGAUUUUCUGGGCUUCUAGCCCUGGAACCCUGGAAAAUGUACUCUGGGAUACAUUCGCUCGACGGUGUUGUCGGUCAUGAAAGUUUACAGGGAUCUCUUGAAGGCACUAAUCUUCCUGGUGAUGCUUGUUUAGUCCUCACUUCCGAUCCGAAGCCUCGGUUGCGAUGGACUGUUGAGCUCCAUGAGAGAUUCGUUGAUGCUGUUACGCAGUUGGGUGGACCUGACAAAGCAACACCAAAGACUAUUAUGAGAACAAUGGGAGUAAAAGGCCUCACCCUUUAUCAUUUGAAGUCUCAUCUACAGAAAUAUCGGUUGGGGAAGCAAUCAUGCAAGGAAUUCACUGAAAACUCCAAGGAUGCUUCUUGUGCAGCAGAAAGUCAGGUUACUGGUUCAUCAACAUCUUCGUCCUCGUCAAGAAUGAUGACUCAAGACUUAAACGAUGGUUACCAGGUUACUGAGGCACUAAGAGUCCAGAUGGAAGUCCAAAGAAGACUGCAUGAACAGCUGGAGGUCAGUUUCUCAGCUGUCCAGCGUCAUCUCCACCUUCGGAUUGAAGCCCAAGGCAAGUACUUGCAAUCCAUACUAGAGAAAGCCUGCAAAGCUCUCAAUGAGCAGACUCUGGCAUCAAAUGGGGUUGAAACAGUUAGGCAAGAGCUAUCUGAACUGGCUGUCAAGGUCUCCAAUGAUUGUCUAGGCAUGGUCCCACUUGACACACUCAAAAUACCUUCUCUGUCUGAGAUUGCAGCGGCUUUGGAAGAGAAAUCUGCUUCAAACAGGCCAAGCAGGAUUGGGGACUGCUCUGUUGAAAGCUGCCUGACAUCAACUGGGAGCCCAGUAUCUCCAAUGGCUAUUGCCAUGAAGAAAAGAUCUCGGCCUAUCUUAGCCACAGGGGAUUCAUUGCCCUGGGAGAGUGAUUUGCGGCAAGAUGUUGAGUGGAUGAUGACUAGUAUUUGAUGAAAGACUGGCCUAGCUCCAUCAGGAAAUGCCAUUUUUGUGGUAAUUAAGCUGACCUAUCAAUUUGUAAUCGCAACUGUAACACGUGGUCUGUAUAUUCUCUAAUCAGAUCCUUGUACUUAAAAAGGGGUUUAGUUGGAAUUGAAGUGGCAUCCUUUUAUGCCUAUUAGUAACACAAUCAAGAAAUUAUCUGAUCAUUGUGAUCUGGGCAUCAUGUUUAGCUCAUGCAUGAUCAUGUAGCUGUUUGAAUGUAUCAGCAAUGUGUAUUUAGGCAAUAGGGGGAUGUGAACUUGGUAAUAUUGAAAUUGGAACUCAUUGGUUGAACUUGUUGGU